UAUCAACGAAUAAAGACAACUGCAGACGACGUUUGUUGGCUCAUCCAAAUAUUUCUCUCUUCAAUUCAAUAUCUUUCAAUCUAAUAUUCUUCAAAUUUGAAUAUGGCGUCAUCCCUAGAACAUUUUGUAAAUUCUGUUCGUAAUCUCUCUGGCGAAGGAAGCUGGCGAGAACUAUAUGAUUUCCUCGGCAAGUCGCCCGACGUACUCAUGAGGAAUUCCGAACAUUUAGACACUGUUCUGGAUACUCUUGACCCACAACUUCACAGUCUAGGUGUUUUGGCAAUUUACAUGGUAAAGUUCAUGAUUCUCAACCAAAAUGCAGCUCAAAAUCAAGGAAUUCAAGUUCCAGAACCCGAAGUGCUCAUCAGUCAAGUCAGUCAGUUCAUCACAGUUUGCAAUGGUGAACAAAUUCGCUGUGCUCCUGACUCAUUCGCUGAGCUGUGUAACCAGUUUACCCAAUGCCUAGUGGAACGAGAGACACCUGCCAGGGGUAUUGUUCCCCUUACCAAAGCUAUUCGGAAAGCCAGAAUGAAUGAAACACAGCUGACGUCUAUCCACGCUAGCCUUCUCCAACUCUGUUUGAUGGCACAGAAUUUAAAACCUGCCUUGGAGUUUUUGAAUGUUGAGAUUUCUGAAAUCAAUUCAGAGAAUGGAUAUUUUGAUGCCAAGCAUUUCUUGCUCUACUACUACUAUGGGGGAGUUAUCAACAUGGCUGUCAAAAACUUUGAGCGAGCCCUGUAUUCAUUCGAAGUAGCUUUGACGACACCAUCUUCAGCCGUAUCUCACAUCAUGCUGGAAUCGUACAAAAAGUACAUUCUCGUCUCACUCAUUCUUCAUGGAAAGGUGGCACCUCUUCCCAAAUACACAUCUCAAGUGGUUAAUCGGCUCCUGAAACCCAUGAGCGCCAUCUACCACGAAAUCACGACGGUAUUUGCUACCAACAAGCCGACGUCACUGGAACUUGUCCUCCAAAAGCACCGAGAAUUGUUGCAGCGUGAAAAUAACUGGGGUCUGGCCAAACAAGUACAACAAUCGCUCUACAAGAAGAUUAUUCAGCGACUGACUCAGACUUUUCUGACGCUUUCGCUCAGCGAUAUGGCCCUGCGAGUUCAGUUGCCCAGCGUGAUGGAAGCGGAAAAACUCGUCUUGACCAUGAUUGAAGAUGGGGAUAUUUACGCCAGCAUUAGCCAGAAAGACGGGAUGGUAUUGUUUCACGACAAUCCGGACAAAUACGACAGCACUUCAACUGUUGAGCGCGUUCAGAAAGAGGUCAACAUUUGCAUCGAGUUGGACAUGCAGGUGCAGAAGAUGGAGGAAGCCAUCUGCACGAACCCGGUUUUCGUGAAGAAGGCGUCAGGUGCCAUGGAAGAGGACGAUGGAGGGAGGAGUUCAGCUUCGUCAGCCCUUCAGGCCGGUGCGGCAACCAAAGUUCCCUCCUUCUCCAUGUGAUCACCUAUGAUGCUCUUUAAAACACCAACUAAUCCAUAACGUCUCGAUAAAAUAAUUACUUUCACAUUUUUUUUUGUUAAAUAACUAAGUGAGGAUUCAUACACGGAUUAAAAACAAAAA